CAAAGCUUAGUUACCCAGUUUUCAGGUGCCUCCGCACCGCGCGCGUGCAAGCGCGCACACACAGGCACUCGCACGCUCUGUAGCACUCCCUCUGCACCGCGACCAUGGGGGAGUCCUCCGACGCGCCCCAGAACGUGGCCCUGUCGCUGUUCGGGCUCGUCCAGUCUAAGACUUCAGUCAACGAUGGAAACGCCAGCAAGGUCUCCACCUUUAAUCCUGAGCCGGUCAUUUCCCACUGCUUCCAGCGGCUCAAACAGGAGGACUUCUGCCUGCCUCAGAGCCGCCGGAGGGUCUUCAUCGUGCCUGGCAAGGAGGAUCCGAUACCCAUUGACCCCACAUCCCUGCACCGGGCUCCCCCACAGCCCAUCCCUAGCUUCAAAGCCCCGGAACCUGCAGACCUCCAAGAGCCUCCAGAGGACAAGAACGCCUGGCUCAGCAGGAGAAUGAAGCUACGGAAGGAUCUGGAAUCGUUUGGAGAUGUAAAGAGGUGGCUGGAGAAUAAGCCCACCUUCACGCCUUCAGAAGCCAAGGUCUUACAGAUGAUCAACCAGGAGCGUAACUCUCAGUUGGUGACCCACUUUGCUACCAAGACCAUCAGGAAAAGAUCCUCCCGACCUAGCCACCGAACGGUGCCCCAGCUCCGGCUGCCCAAGCCCCCCGUCCUGUGGGACAUGUACGCCCACCUGCGCAGCCGCAAGAUCAAGAUCCUGGAGAUGUUUGGCAAGGUGGACCGGGGCGAGAACCAGAGGAUCAGCCGGGAGGAGUUCAUUCUGACCCUGAAGGCCGUCGGCGUCCCUCUGAAGAACCAGGAGCUGGAGGACAUCGUGAUCUACCUGGGCUCCCUGGGGAAGCACAACAGCAUCACCAUGGGUACCUUGGACAGCACCUACAAGCAGUGGUCUCUGGCUCAGCAGAAGAGCACCCUGCCCACCGCCAGGGAGUGUUACAUCCUGGCCAAGCGCAGAGAGUCCCCGAGGAGCCCAAUCAAGAAGCAGGCGGAUCUGUCCCCGCAGCCUCCCCAGAUGGACCUGCUGACAGUGCCUGAGGUGGACGUGCAGACGGAGGCACGGCCCCUGACCCUGGAGGAGAUGGAGGACGUGGGCAAGCGGUACCGGGAGAAGAGGCGGCAGCACCAGCUGCCGGUCCGCUCCAUCCAGUACGCGGAGCGCUGCCGCCUGGUGCGCUGUGGUAACCAGCGCUUUGACGAGCACUGCCUCCCGUCCACCAGCGGCACCGACGUGGAGGAGCUCAUCGACAAGUCCCGCAUGGACGCCUUCCUCACCUACCUGCAGUGCUGGAGGCUCUGCGAGGCCCUCGGCCUCCCGCUGACGGAGGACAUCCUCAUGAAAGCGCUGCUGUACCCGGGGGACAAGAUCAUUUUCCAGAAGGACCAGGUGCGCCCGAUCCGGCAGCCCGGAGGCUACUACUCAGACUGGAAGCACUUCACUCUGAGCCGCUCCCAGACGCUCGGCUGGUCUCCCGACCGGGGCGCGCCUGUGGCUAAGAAGAGCAACAAGAAAAUGACCAGGAAGAUCAAGAAGAUGCACUUCAAGGAGUUCGAGGACUUCGUCAGGAAGAUAAAGGCCAAGCGCCCCAGCGGCCCGCAGCUCACGCACCCCAAUUUCUUCUGGCCCGGGCACCUCCUGGAUAAGCUGCGGCUCUACCUGCCCACCGUGGCCACCGACCGCAGCCUGGCGCUCUUCAGCUGCGUCCGACGGCAGCCCCACGCCUACCCGGCCACCUACCACCCUGACCGCUGGUGGCCCCUUAGGUCUGCAAAGUACAUGGCACUCGCCCACUACGAUGCCACCAAGGUCUACCACAUCAGCUAGGGCGGCCCAGGGGUCGCCGUCCCGGCCCAGGGCCAGCGUGCUAGCAGUCUGGAGCCAUAGACGGACAGGGGCGUCCAGGCCGGACAGAAGAAG